AGUAUUUCCUAGAGGAAUAUGAACAUAACAGGAAGGUAUCAUUGGCUCUGAAUUAAAUUUGAACUUGUCCCCUGAAUAGCUACAGGUUUUGGAAGCUGAAUCAAUGUUAUCAGAUGAGUUAGAAUCCAAACCAGAGCUCCUGGUACAGUUUGUUCAGAAUACGUCCAUCCCAUUGGGACAGGGGCUUGUAGAAUCAGAAGCUAAAGAUAUUACUUGCUUGUCCCUCCUUCCCGUGACUGAAGCCUCAGAAUGCAGUCGGCUAAUGUUACCAGAUGAUACUACAAAUCAUUCUAACUCCUCCAAGGAGGUCCCUUCCUCAGCUGUUUUGAGAAGCCUUCGGGUGAAUGUGGGUCCAGACGGAGAGGAGACGAGAGCUCAGACUGUACAGAAAUCCCCGGAGUUUUUGUCCACUUCAGAGUCUUCUAGCUUGUUGCAAGAUCUACAGCCAAGUGAUAGCACUUCUUUUAUUCUUCUUAACCUAACAAGAGCAGGUCUGGGCUCUUCAGCUGAGCACUUAGUGUUUGUACAGGAUGAGGCAGAAGAUUCAGGGAAUGACUUCCUCUCCAGUGAGAGCACAGACAGUAGCAUUCCAUGGUUCCUCCGGGUUCAGGAGUUGGCCCAUGACAGUUUGAUUGCUGCUACUCGUGCACAACUGGCAAAGAAUGCAAAAACCAGCAGCAAUGGAGAAAAUGUCCACCUUGGUUCUGGUGAUGGGCAACCAAAAGAUUCUGGGCCCCUUCCUCAAGUGGAAAAGAAGCUCAAGUGUACAGUUGAAGGUUGUGACCGGACAUUUGUAUGGCCAGCUCACUUUAAAUACCACCUCAAGACUCAUCGAAAUGACCGCUCCUUCAUCUGUCCUGCAGAAGGUUGUGGGAAAAGCUUCUAUGUGCUGCAGAGGCUGAAGGUGCACAUGAGGACCCACAAUGGAGAGAAGCCCUUUAUGUGCCAUGAGUCUGGCUGUGGUAAGCAGUUUACUACAGCUGGAAACCUGAAGAACCACCGGCGCAUCCACACAGGAGAGAAACCUUUCCUUUGUGAAGCCCAAGGAUGUGGCCGUUCCUUUGCUGAGUAUUCUAGCCUCCGAAAACAUCUGGUGGUUCACUCAGGAGAGAAGCCUCAUCAGUGCCAAGUCUGUGGGAAGACCUUCUCUCAGAGUGGAAGCAGGAAUGUGCAUAUGAGAAAGCAUCACCUGCAGCUGGGAGCAGCUGGGAGUCAAGAGCAGGAGCAAACUGCUGAGCCACUAAUGGGCAGUAGUUUGCUUGAAGAGGCUUCAGUACCCAGUAAAAACCUGGUGUCUAUGAAUUCCCAGCCCAGCCUUGGUGGAGAGUCCUUGAACCUACCAAAUACCAAUUCUAUCCUGGGAGUUGAUGAUGAGGUGCUUGCUGAAGGAUCCCCACGUUCCCUGUCUUCAGUGCCUGAUGUGACACAUCACCUGGUGACCAUGCAGUCAGGGAGGCAAUCAUAUGAAGUUUCUGUCUUAACUGCAGUAAAUCCACAAGAGUUACUAAACCAAGGAGAUUUAACUGAAAGACGGACAUGAGCGUGGGUGCUGACUCCUGGAAGAGCAACUCUAUCUGAUCUCAAAAUGCGUAUACUGGGAACAGGAUGCCUUAGCCCACAACAGAACCAGAAUGAAUCUUUGAAGGCACAAGACUCUGCUUUUGCCACUCUUCCUUUUUCCUGGUAUAGAAGAUGGAUGUAGGAGAGCUUCUUUUCUAACUACCAUCUGAUCAGACAAGGAAUGAAGCAAUGACUGUGGGCUGGGAAACUGUACCUACCUCUCUUCCCACUGCAAAUUUCUGGGAUAGACCAAAAGUGAAUUUGAUUAUGUGUUGGCUGAAGUUCUUCAUUCUGACUGUUGAGGGGAGGUGUUCCUUUGAAGAGUUUUCAUCCCAGACUCAGCUGUCUUUUCACAUGGAUGAAAUAAUUCCUGCUACCAACAACAGAGCUUCACCAGGAAGUUGAGUUUUCAAGAUGCCUUGUUGCUUUGAAGAAGGGAGUGAUGUCAAUUCUCUUGUUACAUUCUCCCUUUAGCAACCUGAGUAAGAGACUCUCUGCCACUGGGCUGCAAAAAAAUAAAUUACUUGAAUCUCCCCUUGGCCCAGGCUGAGGUACUAUCUUGUCCUAUACACUUCUACUUGGUCACUUUGCUUUCUUCGUUAAUGGAACAUACAGUAGCAUGUUAAGAGGGAUUUCAUGUUUUUGUUUUUUUAAAGUUAAAAAUUACAUGAUGCAGAGAUUCAGGUUUUCCUUUAAAUAAACAAAACAGCCCAGUCA